AUGGACCCAGCUGCUUCUCGUCCUGCUGUAGUCAUCGACAAUGGCUCCGGGUAUACCAAGAUGGGGUUUGCUGGUAAUGUUGAACCUUGCUUUAUUGUUCCUACCGUUGUUGCAAUUAAUGAGUCGUUUCUGAAUCAAUCGAGGAGUUCUUCUAAGGGAAAUUGGAUUGCACAGCAUAAUGCUGGUGUUAUGGCUGAUCUUGAUUUUUUUAUUGGAGAUGACGCGCUUUCUAAGGCUCGGUCUAGCAGUACUUAUAAUCUCACCUACCCGAUUAAGCAUGGUCAGGUUGAGAAUUGGGAUGCCAUGGAACGAUACUGGCAGCAGUGUAUAUUCAAUUAUUUGAGGUGUGAUCCUGAGGAUCACUAUUUUCUCUUGACUGAAAGUCCAUUGACAGCGCCAGAGAGCCGCGAGUAUACUGGAGAAAUCAUGUUUGAGACUUUUAAUGUGCCUGGACUUUACAUUGCUGUGAACUCUGUGCUUGCUCUGGCUGCUGGCUACACAACGUCUAAAUGUGAGAUGACAGGAGUUGUAGUUGAUAUCGGAGAUGGGGCUACACAUGUUGUACCGGUUGCGGAUGGUUAUGUUAUUGGAAGUAGCAUCAAGUCAGUUCCGAUUGCUGGAAAGGAUGUUACUCUUUUUGUCCAGCAGCUAAUGCGGGAAAGAGGAGAGAAUAUACCUCCAGAAGACUCUUUUGAAGUGGCUCGGAAAGUGAAAGAAAUGCAUUGCUACACCUGCUCUGAUAUAGUGAAGGAAUUUAAUAAGCAUGACAAAGAACCAGCCAAGUAUAUCAAGCAAUGGAGAGGCGUAAAACCAAAGACUGGGGCUCCAUAUUCCUGUGAUAUUGGCUAUGAACGCUUUCUUGGGCCUGAGGUUUUCUUUAAUCCUGAGAUGUAUAGCAGCGACUUUGCCACUCCUUUGCCAGUUGUAAUAGACAAGUGCAUUCAGUCUGCACCGAUUGACACAAGGAGAUCACUAUAUAAGAAUAUAGUGUUGUCAGGAGGAUCAACGAUGUUCAAGGAUUUUCAUAGGAGAUUGCAACGUGAUAUAAAGAAAAUUGUGGAUGCCCGUGUCCUUGCAGCUGAAGCGCGCCUAAAUGGGGAGAUAAAAUCUCAUCCCGUGGAGGUCAAUGUACUCAGCCAUCCUAUCCAAAGAUUUGCAGUUUGGUUUGGAGGAUCAGUGCUUGCAUCAACACCAGAAUUUUUUACGGCUUGUCAUACAAAGGCAGAAUAUGAAGAAUAUGGAGCAAGCAUUUGCCGCACAAAUCCUGUUUUCAAGGGAAUGUAUUAG